UGUUCCAAGAUGGCAGCUCCCAUAGUGAGGAGCUGGUUUCUUGUGGCGCGGAAAGUGCCCCGGCCUCCGCUCUUCUUGGCAGGGGAAAGAGGCUUGCUUUCUGCAGCUUAUGUGGACAGUCACAAGUGGGAAGCAAGAGAAAAAGAACAUUGUCACCUCGCUGAACUAGCAUCUUUAAUGGAUAAAACAUAUGAGAGAAAGUUGCCUGUUAGUUCUCUAACAAUAUCACGGUUUGUGGACAACAUUUCCUCUAGAGAAGAGGUAGACCAUGCAGAGUAUUACCUUUAUAAAUUCCGACACAGCCCCAACUGCUGGUACCUGAGAGAUUGGACUAUCCACACCUGGAUUAGACAGUGUCUAAAAUACGGUGCACAAGACAAAGCCUUAUAUACCCUUGUAAAUAAGGUCCAGUAUGGAAUUUUUCCAGAUAACUUUACAUUCAAUUUACUGAUGGAUUAUUUCAUAAAGAAAGAAAAUUACAAAGAUGCUUUAACCGUGGUUUUUGAGAUCAUGAUGCAAGAAGCCUUUGAACUACCUUCCACCCAGCUUCUGUCCCUCCAUGUUUUAUACCAUUGCCUGGCCAAGAAGACAGAUUGCAGUUGGGAAGAGGAGAGGAACUUUGGUGCAUCCCUAUUACUCCCAGGCUUAAAGCAAAAGAACUCGGUGGGGUUGAGUUCCCAGUUGUAUGGCUAUGCACUUCUUGGGAAGGUGGAGCUGCAGCGAGGGCUACGGACUGUGUACCAUAACGUGCCUUUGCUGUGGAAACCUGGCUACCUUGACCGAGCCCUUCAAGUGAUGGAGAUGGUGGCCUCGUCCCCGGAUGUUGGGAAGCUGUGUGCAGAAGCGCUGGCUGCGCUGGACAGAACACUGAAAGCUCUGACUGCUCCAGCCCCCGCGGCUUCGGAGGAACAGCCCCGAGAAGGGGAAGACAGCCGGGGCUCAGAAGACCUGGUGGAGCAGCUGGACGUGGAGGAGACCGAACAGUCCAAGCUUCCCUGGUAUCUGGAACGAUUCAGGGACUUGCACUCUAAGCUUGAGGCCCUGGGCCGAGUUGAGUCAGAAAGCCUUUUGGCUCUGACCACCCAGCUCAUCAAGGAACAGCUCCCCACCUGUGAAGCCGAGGACAUCGCAGCCUACGAGCAGAAGCUGCAGCAGUGGCAUCUGGAGCGGGUACACUUGAUUCAGAGGGAAGAGGAGCAGAGGGAGAGGGCAAAGCAGGAGUAUGAGGCCCGGAGAGCAGCAAAGGCAUCUGCCUAACAGGCCCCCAGCGCUCCAGGCCCCAGCACAAGAUCUUCACUAGCCCCGUCCCAGGACUCACGGUGACUUAAGGG